AUGGAGGUUAGCACGGAGAGGUCGAAGAACAUGGUGAACAGCAAGACCAACAUCAGUGCAAUCAUCACCUUGAACGGCGAAAGGCUAAAUGAAGUGACCAGCUUCAAGUACUUGGGCGUAGCUCUGUCCCAGGAUGUGUGGCCAUACCACGUGGUUUGUGACGUCAUUUUGGCUAGCACGCUAAGUAGAAAUUUGUCAACAUUGGCCCCGCUUAGAAAUUUCAAAUCCACGCACUUCUUCUAUACAACCUCGAAAAAGAAUGUGUACAAACUCGUUGGUCAAUAUAACGUCGAUGGCAAAGGUGAAGAUGAACCAAACAUCAAGAGCUAUUCCGAUAUUCGUGACCACGAGUUUGACAACCCGGGGAGAUUGCGCGUGAAACCGAGGGCAAAAGGGGCCAAAAUGGACUCGAGUCGAAAUGCCGUUGCCAGGGAAACUUUAGGUGUACGGUGGGACUGUGCGAGGAGAAACGAAAGCAAGUUAUUGCCUACGUACAGAAUUGGACUAGACAUAGAAGAAAUUUGAUAAGAAACCGCCUUUCUGAAGAAUUCCGUGUUUUAGUAGCUUGACUUGAGCGAGAUAUAAAUAAUUAUUCAUGUGCAUAGUGUGUUAUUUUUUUCCCGUUUUUUAGUUAAUUGUGUCGUGUUCUGAGAAAACUAGGCAUAAUGCUUGUGCGCAAAUUUGUCAUCCCAGAUUAGCCUGUGCAGUGCGCACAGACUAAUCAGGGACGACAUUUUCUGCUUUUAUGGAAUUUUUCGUUUAAAUAAUGUCUCUUCUUAGCGAAAAUCUGGUUUAGGCGGAAAGUGUCGUCCCUGAUUAGCCUGUGCUGACUGCACAGGCAAAUCUGGGACGACACUUUACGCGGAAAAUGUCGUCCCUUAUAAGCCUGUGAUGACUUCAUAGGCAAAUCUGGGACGACACUUUACGCACAUGCAUUAUGCCCAGUUUUCUCAGUACACGACAAAAUUGUGCUGAAUAUUUAUCUCACUCAAAUAAAUGCUAAUGGUA